AUGGCGAGCGCAAACUCAACUGCAUCCUACGACCUACCGCCGCUGCCUGAAUACACCCUUCAGCCUCUACAGCCUCUCACAUCAUGGGCAUCCGACGCCUUCAUACAAGCCGCCCUCCCCGUUGUCGGCUACUGGUUCGUGUCCCUGAUAUUCCACGCCAUUGACGUAUACGACCUGUUUCCUCAAUACCGACUGCACACGCCCGCAGAGGUCCUGAAGCGCAACCACGUCUCGCGAUACGAAGUCCUGCGCGAUGUCAUACUCCAGCAGAUCAUUCAGAUCAUAGCGUCCUUCAGCCUCUCCAUGUUCGACGAUGCCCCAACUACUGGAAAAGCCGAUUAUGACGUCGCUUGGUAUGCCCAGAAGAUCCGCCUUGCACAGCGCGCAGUUCCAUAUGUCUUGUCCGCAGUUGGCCUUAAUCCAGUCGCCCUGGCCUCAAAGCUUGCUUCGUCCCAGCCAGUUCUCUCUUCGGUCGUUGCUGGAGGGAGAUACCCAGCGCUCCUACAGUCAGUAAUAGUCGCCGGUGAGCAGACGCUGGUCCCGGCCUUUGCUUCCUGGGAACUGGCUGUCGCUAGCUUCGCCUACUGGUACGCCAUCCCUGCGUUCCAAUUUAGCGCUGCCAUCGUCAUCAUGGAUGCAUGGGAAUACAUGCUGCAUCGCGCAAUGCACCUAAACAAGUGGUUAUACGUGACCUUCCACUCACGUCACCACCGACUCUACGUCCCGUAUGCUUAUGGUGCACUAUACAAUCACCCAAUUGAAGGUUUUGCGCUAGACACCCUUGGCGCUGGUCUCAGCUACCUUCUCACCGGUCUGACCAUGCGGCAAUCCAUGUGGUUCUUCACCGGCUCAACCAUCAAGACUGUCCUUGACCAUGGCGGCUAUGCAUUCCCCUACGACCCUAUCCACUGGAUCUUCCCCAACAAUGCCGCGUACCAUGAUAUCCACCACCAGAGCUGGGGCAUCAAAACCAACUUCUCACAGCCAUUCUUUGUCUACUUGGACCGUAUCGGAGGCACCAUGUACAAGGGCGACGUGGCUGCGAAGUACGAGCGCGCCCGUAUCACGGCACAGCACAAGCUUGACCAAGAGAAGGAGAAUGAGGCAACCGCUGUCCCGGCGACUACUGCAGUCUCCAGCCCAUCUCAGGAGGACUCGUCGCUCCCACAAGGAGCUUCAACCCCCCGCAUUUCAAGAAAAAAGGCGACCAGCAUUUCAUCAUCGGCGGGAACAAACUUUAAAGAUUUGACAAACAAAGUCAAUCAAAAUCUCCACGGCAGGAGAGCCAAUGUUUUAGGGUUGGAGAGCUCACAUUGA